GAUCUGGAUAGUUGGUCUCUGACCAGUUCAAGCCCAGUUCGGCUUCCAGAGUGAUUAGCUGAAGUCUUCCCCAGUGCUCUGCUUUGAAUGUAAGUGAAGUCCAGCCUGUGUUGACCUGAAGCCCACAGGCGCUCAGCAUGUAAAGACCUGACCUCUGCUGUGGUGCAGCGUUUGAGCCCAUUUAAUGUGACUCUCUCUAAGAAGUUCUUCUGAGGUUUUCACCCAAAUGGCUGCCAGGUUUGGACAGAAGAAUGGUGGAGCGGGUCAGGACCACUUUGAAUCAUACCUGGAGAGGGAUCCCAACCCCUUGAAUGGCUGUUCUUUCAGCGCCUCCCGGUGGGCUGACAAAGAGAGACACAGAGACCGUGGAGACUCUCUCUGGGAACAGUUGAAGGAGAUGGAUGAGCAUGUGGCCCGGCUGCAGGGCGCACUGAGAACCGAGCGGGCCAAGACCUCCCACCUGCAGCUUCAGUCGGUCCAGCAGAAGGCGGAGCUGAGGCGCAGUGAACUGACCACCAGGCGGCUGAAGGAGAAGCUGUUCCAGCUGACCCACACACCCAGAGAGGAGGCUCCCUCCAUGGAGAUGCUGAACUUCCCAACUGAGAGCCGAAGAAGAGAAGUGAGCAAAGUCUUCAGGCCGACUGCAAAGGGAGAGGAGGCAGCGCUGCGAGGGAUGCUGGAGCGCAGAGAAGCAGAGCUGAGGGAGGCCAUGAAGCUGCGGCACAGCCUCGCCACCCUGCUGCACGCACUGCGAGCCGACAUGGAGCAGUUCCUGUCAGACAUGCGAGGUGAGACUGCAGACAAGAGCAUGGAUCAAACGGAGGUGGGGCUUGGAGAACAUGUGACUGGGGGAAUUGUUCAGGCUUGGAGGCGAGUGCAGAGCAAGCUCCAAGCUGUUGGUGGCACAGACCAUGACAAGCUUCUGGCUCAGCUGGAGGCUGAACUGAAAGAGACGCAGCAGCUGGUCAGGUCACAGCAGCAGCUGCUGCAGGAUCGCCUUACUUUCCCCCCACCUCCUGAGCUCCUGGAUUCUUACUUCUUGGAGGAGUGGGAGCGUCUACAGAUGAGCUUGGCAGAACUGCACCACCAGAGACAAACAUUUGAGCGAGAGCGCCAAACCUUCACCGACGCAGCUAUCCGGCUCAGCCAUGAGCGCCUUGAUUUUGAACAGCAGAAGGCUGAUCUAGUAAAGCAGCUGUAUCUGCGUGACUCUCCUCAGUUUGGGAAGGCGGAUCCCAGCAUUAGCAACAGGAGGCGCUCUCCUCUCCCUCGCUGCAGCCUGGACUCCUCCAACAUAUCUGGCUGCUUUCCCGUCACGCCCUCAACCAUGGAGUCAGGGUUUGCUGCUGUUUCUGGAUUAUGUGAGAGGGUCAGAGUUCAAACCCCGACCACCCCUGAGUUGUACUCUGCCCUCAACCUAUCCUACAGCCACAGGUCCAGAGAGGAUCAGCAGGCGAGGCGUGGGGGGAGCAGGACCGACCAAGCUUGCACACCAUGGGCCCCAUGUUUAGACUGCUCAUUUUAAUCUAGCACAUUCUAUCUUCUGUUCACCAUUUCUUUUAGAAUGUUUAAUAAAGAUGAUUUCUGUGAGUUU